UUUUAGUGGGGCACUCGUGCCGUGGUGUCAUUGACAAGUACCGUGUUGGCGGCUGAAUAGCUGUUUCCACCAGUUUCUUGCAUUUCUUUGGUGUCUCUCCAUCCAACCAUUGAGUGUCUCUGCCAUGGAUAAGGCCAGUCACGCACAGCGCCCCCGGGAGGAGCCGAAAUUCCAAGCUCCGGACUCCACAACACUCAUAAUCUCUCUAAUUGCCAUCUUCAUCACGAUCGUGCUUUUGUAUGUGUACAAGAAAAAGAAGACAUCACGAACGGAUGUUUUGCUCGUUGGGCUGUGCGAAGCCGGCAAAACGAGUAUCUUCACGCGUCUGAUCUACUCCGAGGACAGGGAGACCUUCACCUCAAUCAAGGAGAAUAUUGCAGACUACAGUAGCAAAAAUGGAUACGUGAGGGUGGUUGAUAUUCCUGGACAUGAGCGAUUGCGUGGCAAAUUCGAUGAGUACAAAAAUCAGGCACGAGGAGUUGUCUUUGUCCUGGACAGUGUGGCAUUGCAGAAGAAUAUCCGGGAUGUGGCUGACUAUCUAUACACGAUCCUCCUGGAACCUGCAAUUGCAUCCCUACCCUUCCUGAUUCUCUGCAAUAAACAAGAUGAGACCACUGCCAAGGGAUCAAGUGUCAUUAAGACCAUGCUUGAGAAGGAAUUGAAUCUCGUGCGUUCAACCCGGAAGAAUCAACUGGAAUCCGUGGACUCUUCGGGUAAAUCCAACGUCUUCCUCGGUAAACAGGGUAAGGACUUUGAAUUCAUUCAUAUCAGCCAAUACGUGGAUGUCCUGGAGUGUUCUGUGAAGAACAACGACAUCGACAGCCUCACCGAUUGGCUCGAUCGGAUAGUCUAGAGGUGCUCCGCCCUCGACACCCCGCGACUUUCGCUCCAAAUGGUAAUUUUCGGUGUUUGUGGAAUUUCUCAAAUUUCAUUUGUGGGGAGAAAGUCGCUCGAGUGGAUUUCCAAAAACACUCCAAAAUUAUUUGAAAAAAAUUGUCAUCAAGCUCGCAUACAAACACAGAGCAUUGAUAUUGUAUUUGAUUGAGUUUUAAUUUUUUCUUUAAGUUGUAAUUCUCUUUUUUCUGGGGGAGCUAAUUUGCAUGAAAAUUGUCGGGAAAAAUAAAUAAAAACUGCUAAUUUUUUUUUGGGGGAAAAGGAAAACUUUGCUAAAUCUUUUUGGGAAGAAAAAUAAAAGUGAAAAGAUCUUGUAAAAUACAGACUUGUUUUUCAUUAGAAAGAUAAGUAGGAAUAGAUAAAAUAGUGAAGGUCAUACGAAAAAUCCUUUGUUAAAGAGGAAAUCCUUCGGAUUUUACUUCCAAGUUCUUAUUUUUUUUGUAAUCAGAGAGAUUUAUGACCGUGUUGCAAAAAGAAUUUAAAAAAAAACGGAUUUAAUUUUUCUUCAAAUAAUUUUUUUUUAAAUUCUUCAAGAAUAAUUAAUUUUGGUUAAAAAUCGUUCAAUUUUUAUUAUCUCUAUAAAACUCUUCUUUUCCAUACAUUUUUUGGUAAUUUUUAUUCUAUUUAUUGCAAGUUUUUUAUCUGAAAAGUGAUAAAAAUGUUAAAUAAAAUCACGUUCAAGAGUUGAAUUAAAAUGAAUGACAUACCUGAAGUCAUUUAACGUUUUAAAAGCCUUGUAAUCUUCUGAUCUUUGUCCGAAUUCUAGUUUUAGUUCUUCCUUAAUUUGCGUCCUAAUUUAUGUUCUUUUUCUUUCCCGUCUUUCUGUAAAUUGAAAAUUAAUUCAUAAGAAUCAUAGAAAAAUUAUUUGAAUGAUUUAUUUGAUAAGAUUGCGGAACGAUCAUUUUAAAUCCAAUUUUUGGGCAGAAUUCUUAAGAAUUAAGAAUUAGAAGACAGUUUGUUUUGUUUCUGAACUCAAGAGUUUUAGCUAAUUUCCUAGCCAUCUAGACACUACAGAAAUCUCAGGGGAAUUCAGUACAAAAGCAGAAUCUUAUUUAAAAUUGAGAUACUUCCGGAACGUCGGAAACUUUCGAUAGAGACGAAAAAAAAAGAAUCUUAGUCCGUAAUACUCUCCUUAAAGACAUUAUGCCAUCCAUUUGAUCUCAUGUGCAGUUCUUUUUGUAAAAUCUUCUCUCCAAGUUAUUUUAGUUGAUAAAACCGCCACAUAGCGCUGUAGUCGUUACCCCACAUUAAUCCUAUCGUGGUCAACACGUGAAUCACAAACACAGUAAAACACAUCUGGGUUACUUCUUUUCAUUUUCAACGAGAUUUAGCAAAGUUCAAUGCCUCAACAUCACCGAAACCACCAUAAAUCGUACUUAAUGCGACAAUUUCUCAUCAUAUUAAUGGCGAAUUUGUGAAGAGCGCGCAUUUUGAUUAAAAGUGGACUAUCUCGUGGACUUGGAGAAACUCUUCACAGUUUUUUUGUAAAGAAAAAAAUAUUUAAAUGACAAUCUCUUGAAUAAAUUUUUGAUAAUGUGUGCAA